UGCAGUGCAGGCGAGUACUCGUGUCCAACGCCGAGGCAUCGGCAAUACAGUGUCACCCUUGAAGACCACAAACCCAGUUGCAGUACAGUAGCCAUAGACAGUGUGUAUCACCAAUCGUACGCUACCGAGUGUUUGGCGAACCCCGAGUACAUCUACGAUGCGUUACCCGUGAGCCACGCAAAUCAAAGUAACAACGACAAAAUUAUCGAUGAGUUAAUUAACGCACAAAUUAUCUCAUUGCGGAUGAGAUGGUAUGUGCUAUCAGUCAGUGGUGCUAAUCAGUCACUCUUUGUAAAACCCAACUAUUUCGUUGAUUACAAACUGAAUGUCACAAACUCUACGCCAAGUCUUGAUAACUAUAAGACAAACUUUCUCUCAUAUCUGGGAAUCGCAUCAAAAGCGCCAAACAUUUUGUUACAGAUUAUCAAUUUGUUUGCCAACACUGGUUAUGGCUCACUAUCCAUACGCAUAUCAGUCACACUUAUUGUUCAAUCUCUGGUAUUUGUAUUUACAAUAAUAUUGGCGGUGAUCGACAGCACGGGAUGGCCGGACGUAUUUUUCUGGGUCACAAUGCUUUCGGCCGCAGUCAUCAACGUUGCCAACGGUGUAUACCAGGGCUGCGUAUACGGGGCGGCGGCCAAACUGCCCAUGGGGUACCCCAACGCUGUAACAAUAGGCAUGAAUAUGAGCGGCACAAUAGCCUCGCUGUUUAUGAUUAUAUCGAUUGCGGUUUCGCCGUCGGCCAAAGUGGCCGCCAUUAUAUUUUUCGCCUGCGCUGUAGUGAUGCUCACCAUAUGUUUAGUCUCUGAGUUUUAUCUCAAAAACAAUAUUUUCUAUGUCUAUCACACGGAGAGAGAGGUCGAGUCGGAGAUUAGUUACGAGGAUAUGAAAAAUAUGAACAAGAAAUUGGAGUCUAACGCCGAUGUGAGCGCCGACACCUCUACCACUGCCUCAGAGCCUGACCUACAGGGUAUCUACCAAUAUAAAUACGUGCUAAAAAAGACCUGGGUGCAACUGUUAAACAUUGUGCUCAUAUACUUUGUAUCGUUAAGUAUAUUCCCGGCCCUCUGGGCCGACAUUAAGCCACUGAACGGUAUGAUUGACGAGAAAUACUAUUCGCCGGUGUUUUGUUUCCUACUGUUCAACCUCUUUGCCACUAUUGGCAAUGGUAUCGCCCAAUACGUCCAGAGGCCCGGCCCUAAGUACGUGACCAUAUUUGUACUGUUAAGGCUGCUAUACAUACCGUUUUUCCUGUACUGCAACUAUCGGCCCAAUAAUGUGAACCGCACUCUGUCUGUGGUGUUUAAAAAUGACUGGAUUUAUAUUGUGACGGCCGUUACAAUGGCCACCAGCUCUGGCUAUUUGUCUUCGCUGGCCAUUAUGUAUACGCCGAGAGCUGUGCCCCAGAAGUAUGCGUCAACUGCAGGAAUGAUGGCCGCAUUGAUCAUUAUUUUGGGCAUUUUGUUGGGCAUUAACUUUUCGUUGGUUUACCCCAUUUUAAAUAUGUAA